GACGUGGACACGGAAGUGGUCGUCGUCGCGGCUGCACCGGUGGGAACGGGGCUCAGGGCUCAGAGGGCGGCCGGCGGGCGGACGGACGGCGGCGGUCUCGCACCUGCGGUGGCCGGGGACGCAGGCUUUGUAGGUUGGGUGCGAGUCCGCUGAGCCGACGAGCUGCUUCUCAGCCCUUCUCUUGCCCGUCGGAGCCGGGACUCGUUCAGCCGGCGUCACCAUGACCAAGGCCGGUAGCAAGGGCGGGAACCUCCGCGACAAGCUGGACGGCCACGAGCUGGAUCUGAGCCUCAGCGACCUAAAUGAGGUCCCGGUCAAGGAGUUGGCUGCCCUCCCAAAGGCCACCAUACUGGAUCUGUCCUGCAAUAAACUGACUGCUCUACCGUCGGAUUUCUGUGGCCUCACACACCUGGUGAAGCUGGACCUGAGUAAGAACAAACUGCGGCAGCUGCCAGCAGACUUCGGCCGCCUGGUCAACCUCCAGCACCUGGACCUCCUCAACAACAGGCUGGUCACCCUGCCUGUCAGCUUUGCUCAGCUCAAGAGUCUGAAGUGGCUGGACCUGAAGGAUAACCCCCUGGAUCCUGUCCUGGCCAAGGUGGCAGGGGAUUGCUUGGAUGAGAAGCAGUGUAAGCAGUGCGCCAACAAGGUGUUACAGCACAUGAAGGCUGUGCAGGUGGAUCAGGAGCGAGAGAGGCAGCGGCGGCUGGAAAUAGACCGAGAGGCUGAGAAGAAGUGGGAGGCCAAGCAGCGAGCUAAGGAGGCUCAAGAACGGGAACUGCGGAAGCGGGAGAAGGCGGAAGAGAAGGAGCGCCGGAGAAAGGAGUAUGACGCCCUCAAAGCAGCCAAGCGGGAGCAGGAGAAGAAACCUAAGAAGGAAACAAAUCAGGCCCCGAAAUCUAAGUCCGGCUCUCGGGCCCGGAAGCCACCCCCCCGGAAACACACUCGCUCCUGGGCUGUGCUGAGGCUGCUGCUGCUGCUGCUGCUGUGUGUGGCUGGCGGGCUGGUCGCCUGUCGGGUGACGGAGCUGCAGCAGCAGCCCCUCUGCACCAGCGUGAACGCCCUCUACGACAGCGCGCUCCGGGGCCUGCGCAGCCACGACAUCCUCCGGUGGGUCCUGCAGACCGAUUCUCAGCAGUGAGCUUGUCCUCCACGCCUGCUGCCUCCCAGCCUUGGAGCUUGGAUUCCUAUGGAAUUGGGUUCUGUUGGACACAACCUCUUUUUAGUGUCAGACCUACCUGCCAUCAUCACAUGGCUGCCGUUUGGUACUUGAGACCUCCUCUUUGUAAGACUUCUUUGUUCCUUAGUCAGGGUUCCCUGGUGGAAUAAGGAGAAAUAGGAGGUGGGGCCAGUUACCUGCAUGCUUAAAAGAAUAGGCUUGGGGUGGGGAGAGGAAAAAACAUAGCCUUUUCUAGUUGUUAUACAAAGCUGUAUAAAGGCAAGAGUCAUUUCUACUAAAGGUCAGCUGUCACUACAUUUAUACUUUUGUAUGUCACAAACCCUUUCUUUCAUUCCUCCCUGGGGAGCCAGGGCAGAUCAGGAGGCAGUGUGUUAGUGGGGACUAGGGGAACACCAUACUCAGCAAAUCUAGUCUAAAUUGGGGGGGAGGGGCAUACCUAUUUCUUAAGGACCUCAGACAUUCAGAUAUUUUAACAGUCAUACAAGAUCUCAGGCUGUGACAGGACUUCCAGACCAUCCAGUCCAAUGUAACACUUGUAGGCAGGGAAACUGAGGCCUUCCAUGACUUGCCUGUGGUCUCCUAGCUGGUUUGAGGCAGAACUGGAUUCCCACGCUGGUAUCCUUUCUUUCCAUCAUUUUGCCUCCUUUAUAAUGUACCGAGAGAACAAAACUUACACCAGAAUUGUCUCUUGGCUGGAGUAUAGACUGUUUCAUGGGAAACAGAUUCAUGACCCACAAAUAGAAAUCGCAUAGCCAUGAGGGUCUUGGGCAGCUCUUGUAGAGUCCUGCGGCAAUUUAUGUGGCUUCUAUAAAAUGGGGACGGUCCAGGCUCCUUGCGUCAAUUUGAGAGCAUUAAUUCCGAUUGCCAAUAAACAAGAAGGUGGACCCUUGCAAAGCCACAUUGUCUAUGACAGCUCUUACAUAAUCGGUGUGACUAAAUACCUCAUAGGCAACCUGAAAACUAAAGCUUCAUAAGAGACUGAGGUUUAGAAUUGAUUCUAGACAUAACUACACCUACACAAUGAAGGGAAAUAAGUAGCAUCAUGGAGUUUAAAAGUGGUACAUUAAUGACUAGCAUGAAUAAAGGCAGAACUGUCCAUUCUCUCGUCUGCCAGACUCAGCAUUUUCUUGCUCUGUGGCCUCCUUUGCCUCCUUUCACAACAGUUGGAUGAAGGGGUCAGAAAUGGCCGUCACGGUGCUCAUUCACAGAAGACUCCCGACUGAAAGUUCCUUGCCUCUCCCCAGGGAGAGCAAGAACCUGCCAUGUUCAGAGACAGAGUGGAGUCCAUCUUUUCAGCACUAGUGGCCCAUGGAUAAGACUGACACUUGUGACCGUCCUGAUAGUGGAAGAAAAGACUUGUUCUUUUCUCCCUCAGGGAGAGCUCUGCUGCGUAGGCCCACACCUUACUCAGAAUCACUACACAUUCCUUUAGUCUUCCUCCAAGCUCCAGAGCCAUUGGUACAAAUGCUUUAUUGAAACUAAACACACUAUAGUACAUAAAAUGAGAUUAAGAGAAUACAGAAGUCAGCAUAGUGAUCGGACCUCCCCCCGUUCCUUGGCUGCUUGAGGCAGCUUCAGUGGAUGGGAGGAAGGCAGGAGCACAUCCAGCCUUGUCAAGCAACCCGCCGAGGGCAGUUCACUUGUGACCUCGAGAUUUGACGCUGAGGUUCUUUUGGAUUUUUACCAUUAUUAAAUACGUGUCUGAGUGGUC